AUGCCUUGUAGCGGUGGAAAAAGGAAACAAGGUACUGUAGCACAUUUUUCCUUCCAUCCCUUGAAUUCCUUACAGGUCCCGAUAUCCGCGCUGAUCCUGGGCACUGCACCUCUUGGCUGCGGUUGGGCAGGUGAUGUGUCAGAGGGAGAGGCGGAGGCCACCAUCCUCCAGGCUCUUUCGUUGGGCAUUCGUUACCUGGACACGGCUCCGUGGUAUGGAGCCGGGCUUUGUGAGCAGCGAAUUGGCAAAGCACUAGCUGCUGCUCACAGCACCACCAAGGAGCAAGUAGUUUUAGCGACAAAGGUCGGACGCUUCAUGGUGACAAAGCCGGAGUCUGCAGCAUAUGGGACUCGCGUGGACAAAGGUUAUGAUUUUAAUACCGACGCAUACCAUGACAACAUCCCCGUGUGGGAUUAUCGAAAGGAAGGGGUGGAGGAGAGCUUCCGGCAAUCAAGGCAAAGACUUCAAAGACACUUCAUCGAAUGCGUCCGGGUACAUGAUGCCGAGGAUGACGAACGUUGGGAGGAAGCCUGCGGGUCCGAUGGGGCCGUAAGCACGCUGGUCUCGCUCCGAAGCAGAGGUGAAAUCGGAGAAGUGAGCUUGGGCUUCAACAAGGCUGAGUAUCUGAUGAAAACCGUGCUGAAGUUUCCCGUUGGAACAUUCGACAACAUCAUGAUAGCAGGUAGAUGGAAUCUGCUGGAUCAGUCGGCUUACCCGCUGAUGCUCGAAUGCCAGAAACGUGGCAUCAAAGUGCAACUGGCAGCAGUGUUCUGCGCUGGCCUCUUAUGGGGGCAGGGCUUCUACUUCUAUCGAAGUAGUGUGCCGCAGGAAGCCGCGGAGAAGGUCAAGCGCUGGGAGGAGCUUGCCAAGUCCUUUAACCUGAGCCUGCCAGCGGUCGCGCUGGCCUUCGCAUAUCUGCCCUCAUGUGUAGAGAGGAUAGCUGUUGGCUGUGCCUCUGCUGAACAAGUGCGGAGCAACGCACAGCUUUGCGACGUUGAAGUGCCACUGGAGCUGUGGCAGAAGGCAAAAGCAGACGGGCUUCUGCCUAGCUUUCUGAGCCUCUGA